CGGGUGAGCGUGGGGCUGAUGGGUCCCGCCAUCCCCAGAGGGCACAGGGACCUCUCCCCGCCUCUCCCUCUUCGGGGUCACUCAGCGCUCAGGGAGGGCAGCCGGGCAGCAUCACCACCGCCACCAGGGGCCGCCUCUGGGCUCUUGCAGGACCAAGAUGUGCAUCUGUCCAAGGCUCUGUCCUAUGCCCUGCGGCACGGGGCCCUGAAGCUGGGGCUCCCCAUGGGGGCCGACGGCUUCGUGCCCCUGGGCGCCCUCCUGCAGCUGCCCCAGUUCCACCAAUUCUCAGCUGAAGAUGUGCAGCGCGUGGCGGACACCAAUGGGAAGCAGCGAUUCACCCUGCGGCAGGGGGACCCCGGCACCGGCCCCCUCAUCCGCGCCAAUCAGGGCCACUCUCUGCAGGUCCCUGAGUUGGAGCUGACGCCCCUGGAGACCCCACAGGCCUUGCCCCAGAAGCUCGUCCACGGCACAUUUCGGCAGCACUGGCCAUCCAUCCUGCGCAAGGGCCUGUCCUGCCAGGGACGGAUGCACAUCCACCUGGCCCCGGGACUGCCAGGGGAUCCCAGUGUCAUCAGUGGCAUGCGGCCAAACUGCGAGGUGGCCGUGUUCAUCAACGGGCCCCUGGCCCUGGCAGAUGGAAUCUCCUUCUUCCGCUCUGCCAAUGGGGUGAUCCUGACUCCUGGAAAUGCUGAUGGCUUCCUGCUUCCCAAGUACUUCAAGGAAGCCCUGCAGCUGCGCCCUACCCGAAAGCCCCUCUGCUUGGCUGGUGAUGAAGAGACAGAACGUCAGAGCGGCCCCCAGCACAGUUCCAGAGGAAGAAGGGUAGUCCAGCAAUAAAAUAUAUUUUUAAAAAAAGAAAAAGAAAUGUAAAAAGUUGAAAAAAAAGAAAUCCAGUUUGAUUUCUUGUCAUUCUCUAUCUACAGCUGAUCUUGUGCUUGGGACCGCAGUUAGGUCAGGCUGUUGGUGCUGGCCACUGGGGCGAGGGAGGUGGGGCUCUGUAUGAGUUCAGGACUCACGCCCUAGCCUGCAGGAUGGCAGUCUGGCCCAGCCAGGUUCCUGGUUGGCACAAAGCCAGUGACAGCGGACGAACAUGCCCAGCUUGGUGCGUGUUUGGAGAGGGUGUGGGUCUUCCAGGUGGGUGUGAGCUUGGGAGUGGGCCGUGGCAGCUGGUGAGCCGAACGAGGGCAGUGAGAGGGGCCUCAGAAGGCCUCAUGGCCACCCGUGAGCUGCAGGAAGAGGUCCUCAUCCAGUUCCUCCCCACGGGCCUUCUCUCGUGUGGACAGGAAGAUGUAGCCCCCGAUGUACUCGUGCACGAUGCGGCAGCUGGCAGACACACAGCUGAAGGCCACGUUGAUGUGCUCGUCGAACUCGAUGGCCACCUGCAGGGAGGGCAGUGGGAGGGCUGUGGGUAGGUGGAGGGAGAAGCCCUGCCCUGCCCCGGCGGGGUCUGCCCAGCCCCGCCACGACUCUGCACCCACCUGCCGGAUGUCCCAGUUGACGUUCCACUGGCGCAUGUUGCUGAAGCGCCAUGUCUUGACCACGUCACCCACGGCCACAUCUAUGCGGAUCAGUCGGUUAUUGGCGAUGCCCAGGAUCUCGUCCUUCCUGCUGCCCUUGAACCUGGUCCCCAGGGGGAGAGAGUGUGAGCGAGGACUUCACCCUGCGUGGUCUGGAUCCCACCCAGAUGGCGCGACCAAGCUCUCGGGCACAGGCUGUAUGAACACGCCCUCUGGGUUCUCUGGGUCUCCGGCCCCUCGCCUGGAAAACGGGUGUUGUGACCUCAUCAUUAUCCUGACACUGAGCAGCACAGGCAAAUAGUCCAUGGCUUUAAAUUACUUUUUUGGUGUCAUUGUUGUCUUGCUUAUGUCUUUGCGGGUUUUGAAAGAUUCAAAAGGAGGCACUUGCUGUCACAGCAAACAGAGUGUGCCCCUGCCCUUACCUGACCUCUGUCUCUUGUGUUUGUUGUGGGGGUGCAGGAUAAGGGGAGCACAGGGUGCCCUCAGUGAGGGCUAUACUCGAACAGGAAGAGGAUUUCAGGUGCCGCCCACCCAGCAGCAGGUGACGGCAGAGCCCUGCUGGGGCGAGCUCAUACCUGACUGUGACAUAGGAGAUGCCGAAGUCGGGCAGGGACUGCCAGGCCUGGAUGAAGCGCAGCUGGGCCUCGGACAGCGAGAGUUGGGCCACGUUCUGGUGGGCUUCCAGGAUCCGAGGGGUAAGCUGCAAG